AUGUUCUCCUACGCCUAUUACUUCCUCGACGUCUUCGUGGGGCACGCCGCUGCUGCUGCUGCUGCUGCUGCUGCUGCUGCUGCUGCUGCUGCUGCUGCUGCUGCUGCUGGUGAUGAUGCUGCUGCUGCUGGUGAUGAUGGUGAUGGUGAUGGUGAUGAUGGUGAUGGUGAUGGGGAUGGAGAUGGGGAUAGUGAUGAUGGGGAUGCUGCUGCUGCUGCUGCUGCUGCUGCUGCUGCUGCUGCUGCUGCUGCUGCUGCUGGUGAUGAUGCUGCUGGUGAUGAUGGUGAUGAUGAUGGUGAUGAUGGGGAUGGGGAUGGUGAUGGUGAUGGUGAUGAUGAUGGGGAUGCUGCUGCUGCUGUUGCUGCUGCUGCUGCUGCUGCUGCUGCUGCUGCUGCUGCUGCUGCUGCUGACAGCUUCUUGCUGGCAGUUCCUGCGCGGGAGGGCUGCGAACACUGCGGCAGCCACCUCGAUGCCCUCUUUAAUCCUUCUUUGUCCUCCAGCGGCUCCUGGGUGAGCUGUAGAGACAGCAAAAGAUGCUUCGGGACUUGCACUGGGCGGCAGCGGCUGGGGGGCCCCCAGGGGGGCCCCCAGGGGGGCCCCCAGGGGGGCCCCCCGGGGGCCCCCGAGGGGGCCCCCGGGGGCCCCCAAGACAGCAGAAGCUGCGGCUAUACCCAAACCUAUAGCGAAGGCAGCAGCAUAUCGGGGGCCUACUUUUCAGACCAAGUGGCUCUUGGGGGCCCCGACGAGCUAAACCCUAGCAUCCAAUAUGACUUCAUUGGCUGCCACGUGCGGGAGACAUCCUUGUUUGUAACGCAGAAGGCCUCAGGCAUUUUUGGGGUUUCUUUUCCCAAGGGUUUUCGGCAGCCAACUUUGGUGGACAUUAUUUUUGAAAAGGGUUUAGUGCAGGAGAGGAUCUUCUCCAUUUGCAUAUCCGAAGACGGGGGUUUGCUGACGGUGGGGGGCAUAGAGCCUUCGUUGGUGACUUACGAGGGUUUAGGAGUUCAAAUUGCAAAAAUGGAGGCUGACGGCGAAACCCUAGGGCUUGGCGAACACGCCUUCGGCAAAACCCUCGUCGACUCAGGCACGACUUACUCGUACUUCCCCCCCGCAGUGUUUGGGGCCUGGAGAAAACUCCUUUCCCGCUACUGCGUGGCUUCUUUGUUUUGCCAAAAAGAAAAAGACGGAAGACCUUGUUGGAGGUUUUCUUCGAAGGACUUUUUUGGCCAACUUCCGAAUAUAACUUUGACUUUUAAGGGGGGAGGAAAGGUGGUUUGGACCCCUCAAAGCUAUCUUUACAGGAGAACUGGAGGGUUUUGGUGCGACGGGCUGGACGACAACCACAUUCAAGAAAGUGUUUUGGGACUUUCUUUUUUCAAACAUAAACAAAUUAUUUUCGACAGAGACAGAGACCGAAUUGGAGCCAUUAAUGCCUCUUGUCCCAGCUUUUUCCUCGAAGAAAGAAAGGGUUCUUCGCCCCAGAAGUUGGCCGACGAGCUACAAGAGUUGUCUGCUGCAAACGGAGUCCACGAGAUGUUUGAAGACAGCUCCUACCCCCGCAAAAGCCCUCAAGUCGUCUACAGCACCUGGGGCGAACGAGACAAAGCGGCUUAUUUCUUUUGGUUUUUGGUGUGUUUGGGGACUUUUUGCCUGGCGGUUUACGCGCUGCUGCGCUGCUGCCGCGGCGCUGCUGCUCUGGGAUCGUCUCCCGUGGGAUCGGCUCCCCUGGGAUCGUCUCCGCGGGGAUCGUCUCCCCUGGGAUCGUCUCCCCUGGGAUCGUCUCCCCUGGGAUCGUCUCCACCCCACAACUCCUUUCUCGAGGCCCAGCGAAGGGCCCACGAGGCCCGCCUGGCCGUCUGGGAGGCCGCAGUCGGCAGCAGCGACGAGGAGCCCCCCGCCAAGCAGCAGCCCCCAACAACACGUGGCUGCGGCGCCGUCGUCUUCCAUUCUGCUGCGGGAAAGGCUGCUGGGGGCUCAGAGGGCAACAGUGCCGCAGCUGUAUCUGCAGCACGAGACGUGGCGCUGCAGACAGACCCGCAUAUUGUGUGCCUCACUGCAGCAGCAAAAGAAGUCGAAGCAGCAACUCAAACCCUAAUUUUAAAAGACAAACCCUUAUCGCCUUUGGUGGCUCUUCGUUCGGAACUGGUCGACGCAAACACGCAAAUUCUGGACGGAGACCUUUUCGACUUCGACGAGGAAGUCGUGCCGGUGCUGGAAGUUUUAAUAGGCCGAGUUAUUGAGCAGAGUUUGAAUGAAGUACUGCAACAAGACGAGCUGCUGGCAAUAAAGCAGCAGCGGGAAGCAUUUGAGAGAGAGCGGCUGCAGCAGCUAAUAGAAGUCCAAACCCUAGAAGCAGCAGAGCAGAGGAGGCAGCAAGAGGCCGCGCGGCGACUGCGGGAAAGCGCCGCGCGCGCUGCGCUGCAGCAGUUCGCUGCGCAGAAGGCCCUGGCCUUUGCAGUGGCCAAAAAGAAACUUUUCGGAUUUGCAAAAGAAACAAUUAAACAACUGGAAGAACAAAAACUCUUUUCCAAGUCCACCAGCGUCAGCCCGCCAACCCGCUGUACAGACAGUUCGUUGAGGUCACAAAAGACACAGAGAGGAACUUGCAGGUUAUCGCAGCCACAGCAGCAGCAGCAGCAGCAGCAGCAGCAGCAGCAGCAGCAGCAGCCACAGCAGCAGCAGCAGCAGCUACAGCCGCAGCAGCAGCAGCCACCGCCGCCGCAGCAGCAGCAGCUUCAGCUGCAGCAGCAGCCGCCGCCGCAGCCGCCGCCACCGCCGCCGCAGCAGCAGCAGCAACAACCGCAGCCCCCGCAGCAGCAGCAGCAGCAGCAGCAGCUGCUGCUGCUGCUGCUGCUGCUGCUGGAUUCGUUUUUUGCUGAAUUAAAUGCUGGAGUUUGCUGCUGCUUGCUGCAGCUGGCGCAAAGAAGACAAGAAGCUGCGGAAAGAAAAGAAAUGAAAAAAGAAGAUAAUUUGAAAGAGACGCGGCAGCAGCAGCAGCAGCAGCGGGAAAGAGAAAUUAGGGAAGGAGAGCUUCUUGCUGCUGAGGACAUCAACGUGCUGCUGCUGCAGCAGCAGCAGCAGCAGCAGGAAGAGGAAGCAAACGAAGAAGACGCAGAAGCACCUGCAGAGGCUGAAGAGACUCCUGAAGACCCUGAAGAACACUAA